ACAAGUACAACAGGAAGCAUUGAAGGCGUUGGCAUUUUUCCACUAAAAUAUAAUUUCUGCUCUAUCAGAGGAAACUUUGUAACAAAUUAGCGCAAUGUUCCACUGCUACACCAUAAAAUUAUCGAUUUGUCUACUGUUAAUUCUUAAAUGCCAGAUUAUUGGAGCCGCAUCGUUUCGAGGCGUUAAAAGCUACGAAAUUUUUAUCAACGAAGUUGUAUCAAGGGUUAAACAGGAACUACAUGAACGAUUGAGGACGGGCAUGUACUAUGUCCGACUGCCUGACUCGCUUGUGUCCGAGAGUGCCGACAGCAUUAAACUUGGCGAGGAUCGCUGGGCACGUGUUUUCGGUCUCACCUUUAGGUUUGCGCGCAACGGCUACUGUAAUAAGUGGAGGAAAAAGGGGCAGAACACCCUUCAUUGUCCCGUCAAGUUUGAGGACCUCGAAAUACAACUGCCCAAGUUGGACAACGACACAAUUGUAUAUGUGGCGCACGUCACCAUCAAGGGAAUGCUAAUUUUUCAAGAAGGUAAAAGUCAAAUGUUCUUUCAGCGGUUCAUCUGGCACGAGAAGAAGUAUGAAAUGAUGGAUUCCGAUCGGAAAACGGUCGAUAAUCCUCCAGGCGUGUAUUCUCUGAAAAAUAAGUCACCAUUAGGCUUACAAGGCAUUUUAGAGACGAGGCUUAUAAAUCUGAUCGAGUACGGAGAAUUCAAAGAUGCUGUACUAUCUUCACUUAGAAGAAUACCGAAGCCCAAGGAUAUAAGUGGAUACUAA